AUGGAGGAAAUCGGGCGGAGUGUCAGGAGAUGCAAACGCUCUCCUACUGCUGCAGGGUGUACCAUCGAGAGGUUCACAGGCAUGCACCUACCGACAUUUGCUGGGGGACCCAAUCCGAUUAUAGCGGAGGACUGGGUUGAAAAGACCGAGAGGAUUCUGCAGAAGCAAAGAGUCGGCGUCUCUGAGAUGUCUUGGAGCCAUUUCAAGGAGGUGUUCUUUAAAAGAUACUUCGCGGCCUCCACUCGCGAUGCGAAGGCAGAUGAGUUUUCUGCUCUAUCGCAAGGAGAUAUAAUGGUGCAGGGGUACGCUACUCGGUAUAUAGAUCUAUCCCGCUUCCCGCCGUGUUUGAUCUCGAGCGAGUACGAGAAGACUCAAAGAUUUGAGAAGGUUUUGAGGAAGGAUAUCCAUAGGUUAGUGGGUAUGCUUCAAAUCCGCGAGUUCUCGAUUUUGGCGGAUAAGGCCACCGUGAUUGAGACCGACAUUCGAGAGGAUGAGGUGGAUUAG